AUGAUUUCGUCUACUUUACAAAUAGUAACACGUUCUUUGGUGAAAAACGUGGCGUUGCUGAAACGAAAAUCUACGAUACUUCCGUGUUUAACAUUUACUCACGUUCGAGACAUGCACAUAACCUCAAAUGUUGCGAAAGAAUUUCGAGUUGGAUCUUACAAAGUAAGAGCUUCUGCAAAAGGUAAAUCAGCGGCUAUGGAUGGAGAGGGUACAGUCGACGUUUCCGGUGCAAUGGAAACGGUUGCGCUGUUUCCAGAUAGUAAAACACCGUACAAACUUUUCGACGGUAUACCGUACAAUCAGUUGCACAUAAUUAAUAUAAAAUCAACUCAUAACAAUACGAUAAUGUCUUUUACCGAUGCUAAAGGAAAGGUUUAAUACAAAUGAUUAUUAAUUUCGAUACAUUCAGCUGGAAUCGAAGGUUUCAAAAAUACAAAGAAGGGUACUAAUGUUGCAGCACAACAAGCAGCUCUUACAUUUGGAACACGUAUUCUGGAGACAGGUGUGUUAUCAGUUAGAUUGAGAAUCCAAGGUAUCGGACCAGGCAGAAUGGGUUGCAUAAAAGGUUUUCAAUUAUCAGGAUUGAACAUUGUUUCUCUAACAGAUGAUACUAGAGUAUCGUGGAAUCCUCCAAGACCAAGGAAACAGAGGAGAAUAUAA